UUUGCACAAAAAAUAUUUGACUUUGUCACUUCUAUUAAAAAAGAAAUUAAUCAAUUAAAAGUUGGAUUGGUUGUAGAUGGACCGGGAUAUACAUUUUUUCCAGAUAAAACACUUUUUGAUUUUACAAAAACAAAUACAAUUUUGGAAUUUUACUCAAUUAAUUUUGAGAAUUUAAACAUAUGCGAUGCAGAAGCAAAACAACUUGGCUUGAGUCCAGUAAAAUCCACUAGUCCAACUAUGUGGACUAUAGAAUUAGUUAAUAAUGCUAUUAAUAAUUCAACAAUGGAUAAAUCGAAAAUAUACGCUAUGUUACAAGUAUCAGUAAUAAUUCCAACCUCUCUUGCUGGCAAAAACGGAAAGCAACUUACAUCUUAUGCUAAAUAUUGUAACAAUACCGAUUCUAAUUCAUGCCAAUGGUGUUCGAAUCCUUCACAAGUUUCAUAUGAUCAAGGAGUUUAUGCAAAACAAAACUACAAAGGAAUUAUCUUACGACAGCUUGAUACAGAUGACUAUGGUUGCUAUUGUGGAUGUGGACAAUUUCCAGUAACAAACCAAAUUAUUAAUGGAUGGGAAUCAAGUACUUUUACAUCAUGUCCAAAACUAGAUUGA